AUGAAGUUGAAGGAAAAAUUGAAGAUCUUUGUGGCGGCAGAAAUUCAGAAAGAAGGAUCAACUCUGCUUCGAAAAUAUUACAAGGAAUUUUACACAUCAGAUGAACAAGCGGAUGAAGCCGAAUCUGGGGAGUCUCCCUCGGAAAAGGAAACUGAGGGCAACCAGGACGAAGCGAGUAACACCUUCGACGUAAACGGCCCUAUACAAUUAAUUUAA